AUGGUGCCUUUAGCAAACCAGAAGGUUCACCAGGAGGUCGAGCUCACAGACUUCCGGAGCAGCCCCAGCUGGCUGGAGCAGCGGGCCAAGUCAUCGACAUUCUUGGCACUGUAUGAGUUGUCAGAGAAACUCCCCACCUUUGAGUUCAUCCUGUACCAGAAGCCCAAAGCCCUGAAGUACGUUGGGAGCAACUCUGUAGGCAAAGGGAAGCUGCAACUGGCGCCCGUCACGACGAAGGUUGUGCUGGGGUCGGCAGGGUCAGUGGUGCUCGGCUUCGUCGAGUUGGGCGGGGAGAAGAAGACUGUGUGCCUUCAGCCAUGCGCUGCCUUCACAUCACCCUUUUGGCACAUGAAAACAUCCAAGGACCCCGAGGAGUGUAACAUGAUUUUGAGCCAGGCUUCGCAGGUGAAGUUGAGUUUGGGCAAGGUGUCCAUCCAGGUGGCUAAGAACACCCAGAAGAUCGAGCCAGGAGAUUUCCUAUGCCUCAUGUCCAGCGAGGGCGAUGGUGAGGAACACUCUCCUCCUUCGAAGCGGCAGAAGCAAUGA